GACACUAAUAUACCAUGUUAACGUUAGCAUGUUAACAUUGCUAGCAUGUUAACAUUAGCAUAGCAGUAUUUCUAGCCGUUUUCAUAGGUAGACAAAUAUACAGUAUAAGCAUUUAGCACUAUAAUGCUAGGUGCUAGCAUGUUAACAUUAUCAUUUUUUAAUAGGUAAUUUAUAUAAACACAUCAUGCUAGGUAUUAGCAUGCUAACAUUAGCAUGUAUGGCGCUUGGCAGAGGUCUGCACUCUCUGAGUGCUUUUGUCGUUGCUUUUUGUGGCAGGCCUUGGUACCUGCAAUCGUAGCUCUGGACUUACUUGGUAUUGGAUCAAUACCGAAAUACGUAAUACCCAUCCCUGAAGGAUACUGACCAGGGAAUCACAGGAUUGAGUGACAAGGUCACAGGCGCUGGCGCGUUCACAUGAUUGGGGACAGAGCGCGUCGGGAGCGCGCUGAUGAUGGCACGGGAACAUUUGAUGACACCGCGGGCUGCAGCAGCUGGAGUGACCUCGUGCACGCUUUCAAAUCCCCGUCUUUCAUUCCCUCGCUGCAGUUUGGGAAAAUUGCCACGAAAAGACGUCGUUGAAGGAAACAAUCGGCCUUGAAUCGUGUUGGACAAGAGCACCAUCGACUAACAGGGGCAUUAAAACUGACCACCUCCAACGCUUCAGGAAAGGAGAAAAGAUCAAUUCUGGUCGGCGCGCCGUGCUUCUUAGGGCGAUCGUGUGUCUGAAGGUGACGUUGGCGACCAAGCCAAGAUGAACCCAUACGUCACUUGCCACUUCCGGAGGGAUCUUUUUCCCCAUUUUCAUUUGUUGUAGGUCCGUGCAGGAACCACGGGAGUCUCCUGUCUGUGUACAAGUUGUAUCAGUAGCUUUGGGGGUUCUAUAGAAUCAAGCAUUUGAUCUUAUCCGGUGGAAAAUGUCUACGCAAGGUGGGCUUUUGCGAGCUUAUUGGAAGCGGAAAUUGAAGGCUUCGGUUUGACCCACCCCCCCGUAAACCACAAAGGACUUCUCGAGGUGACCUGUGUACUUACCCUUUGCGGAUGCAUAACACGAAUAAUGGCAGUAAUCGCUCUGUUGUUUGCUUCCUUUGGCAUCUGAUCAGACGUACGCCGUAUCUCAGCAAAGGAGGUACGUCUGCUUAGGAAGACGCGAAGCGCGUCCCAUGAUAUCUGUGUUUUUGUGUCAGUUCAUGCUAGUGUGACGAUGGCCAUCCAUCAGAUGCGGGGAGCCUUGAAGGCAGUAUGUGAAAUUGUUAAAGCUGUGACAUGAUAGAAGAAGAUGUGGAAAUGUGACAUGAUGACACAGUAGGAUCCUUCACUGAUGCUUAAACCCACAACAAGGAAUGAGGAUUUUCUGUACUGACACGGUGGUCUUCUUUCCUCAUGCCGAUACCAAGGGGUGGUGAAACCGGGAACUGUAUCGUAAGAAACGGCAUGUUUGUUUUCUCAUCACCUGCAUGCGAAGCUAGUAUUUUAUCAUAUCUCCCCCCCCGAUUUAUGUAUUUGUCUGUUUGCAUUCACCCCCAACGUCGGUGCCAGAGAUAUUCCUCGCUUUUUCAAACGGUGUCUGAUCGUGGCCUCCCUUGUAUUUCUUUAAACUGAGCAAAAGUCCCGCAUGCCAUGUCACUCCCGUCCUUCAACCCUGCCCUUCCAGUCCUUGCGAUCUGUUGUUAAAAGCUUGUGAAUGAACCUCCGACUGAAAGGAUUGGACUGGGAGAAGGUGGAGAAUGGACACACACGUGUAACGGACCGAUGGCGUUGAAAGGAAUUCCCCUUUGAACAGUAUGGAUUGUUAUUAUUUUGCUGAAAGACACUGUUGAUACCACCGCACGUUAUUUGGAAGACUGAACUACGUUGACAAACGGAACAAAACAGCGCGAGAUGGGAGCAGCCCGUGUGAAACGGCGCUUCAGUGCUGUGGUGGAUGGGCCAGUUGAGGAGGAGGAGGUCAUGAGGCUGGCACAGAGCGCAGCAGAUCUAGCUCAGGCAGGAGGAAGCCCAACCGGGUCCGGAACCCCGACCGGCCCUUCCCCAACUCACGCCGUCAACGGCAAAGCCCUGCCUCUUCACAGCAGAAGCGAUGCACGGAGGCAGAGGGACUCAGCCGGAGGAGAAGGCGGGGAGUGCUCAGACCUAAGGAGGGCAAGAGGAAGUAGUGCAGGAGGAAGAGGGGACGACCGGUCGUGCUCGGACCAGGAUUCCCUAUCUUCCCCCUCCACCACGAGCCGCUGGCGCACCAAGCGUGCUGGCCGCCGGCCCCGAAAACGCUUUGUGGGCAAGGACGGACGCUGCAACGUUACCUUUGUCAACAUGAGCGAGAGGGGCCAGCGGUACCUCAGUGACCUCUUCACCACCUGUGUGGACAUCCGCUGGCGCUGGAUGCUGGUCAUCUUCACUCUCUCCUUUCUUCUCUCCUGGCUGCUCUUUGGAUUUGCCUUUUGGCUCAUUGCCUCUGCGCACGGGGACCUCUCUGUCCGCCUCAUCCCCAUCUCCGGCAUCUCGGCGGCAUCGGGAGAGGCCGGUCCUGGGGGGGAGAGCGACAGAGACUUGGCGGUGGAGGAGCCGUGCUUUCUCCAAGUGAACAGCUUCAUGGCGGCCUUUCUCUUCUCUUUGGAGACGCAGACAUCCAUCGGUUACGGAUUCCGAAGCGUGACCGAGCAGUGUCCCCUGGCGGUGGUGGCGGUCGUUUUGCAGUGCAUCGUGGGCUGCAUUAUCGACGCCUUCAUCAUCGGGGCGGUCAUGGCAAAGAUCGCCAAGCCCAAGAAGCGCAACGAAACUCUGGUGUUCUCUGAAACGGCCGUAGUGGCCCUCAGGGAUGGGAAACUAUGCAUGAUGUGGAGAGUUGGAAACCUGCGAAAGAGUCACCUGGUGGAGGCGCAUGUCCGAGCACAGCUACUGAAGUCGAGGGUGACGCCAGAGGGAGAGUUCCUUCCCCUGGACAACUUGGACAUCAAUGUUGGUUUUGACACCGGCACCGACCGCAUCUUCUUGGUGUCACCGGUCACGAUCGUCCACGAGAUCAACGACGAGUCCCCUUUCUUCGAGAUGGACCGCAAGACCCUGGAGAGUGACUCGGAACUGGAGGUAGUGGUUAUACUCGAGGGCAUGGUGGAGGCCACGGCGAUGACGACGCAAUGCCGGAGCUCCUACCUGGCGUCUGAAAUCCAGUGGGGAUACCGUUUUGAACCUGUGCUCUUUGAGAAGAAGGACUGCUACGAGGUAGACUACUCCUUCUUCCACCGAACAUACGAGAUCCCAAACACGCCCUUGUGUAGCGCUAAGGAGCUCGCAGAGCCCAACUUCAUCCAAAGCUCGCGCUCAUCAUUUUGCUAUGAGAACGAAGUGGCUCUGCAGCUGGGUUCUCCUGGGGAGGAACCCCGCCGAAACCCCGAGUGCCCUGCCACGCCAAGCACAAGACUGUUCGAGCAUCUCCACUACAACUGAGGAGCCAGCUGAGCCAGUAGAAAGAGGCAGGUUUGGGAUAACUCUUGACCAAGAGGUGGCUCGCUAUACUGACCCAGUUGUCUGAUUGGUCCUGGCAAUCUUUCACAAUCAUUGAAUACGUGUCUGCUAAGUCCCAAUCUGGCCCAUCAGCAUUGCAGCACACCCCAUCUAGCGUUCGUGCUACUCGGACCAGACGAGCAACAGCACCCCCUGGCCGCUUUUACUUGCAACUGCACGUUCUCGUUGCAAGACCUCGAUUUCAAGUGACUUUUGUAUGCAGUGAAUGGUCGUGUACCCUCAUAAGUACACCUCAGGAAUGUAGCGCAGUAUUGCUAUGCUGAUUUAUCAUAACUAUUUUCAUAUGGUAAGUAUAUUUUUAGACGGGUGUUUGUCAUUUUAGGCUAGUGUUUACGUGCCACGGCAUCAAUUACAUGGAGAACUACCACGGAGUAUUAGGGCGGCAUCGAAACAAGAAUAAUCAUCUGAGAUGUCGAGAAUAAAGUCGUAAAUUUGCGAGAAUAAAGUCGCACAUUUAUAAGAAAAAAGUUGUACAUUUAUGAGAAUAAAAGUUGUAAUAUUACGAGAAUAAAGUCGUAAAUUUAUCUCAGGCAUUGCCUGAGACAGCUAUGAAAAGGGGGGACUUAUGUGACCUUUAGCCUUGGGCAUGUAAACGGAUUGAUUUCAGGAAGGCGGAAGUGAGAAGGGCUAGCUAGCCAUGCUAAUCUAUUUGUGCUCAGCUGCUGUGUUUUGCUGCCAGGUUGUAAAUAAAAGCUUGCCUGAAGCAAGAGGAAAGUUUCCUUCCUUCCUGAAGAACUAUGCUCUAUUUUCCCUCUCACACGUACGACACCAUCACUCCUCAUAUUAACUUAAUAUUAACUUUAUUCUCCUAAUAUUUACACUUUUUCUCGUAAAUUUCUGACUUUAUUCUUGUAAAUUUCCGACUUUAUUCUUGUAAUAUUGCAACUUUUUUCUCUUAAUUUACAACUUUAUUCUUGUACAUUUACGACUUUAGUCUCGUGAUAAUACAACUUGCAUUAAUGUCUCUUCUGUUGUUGCUUAAUUUCUUGGUAUUUAUGUAUAUGUGUUUAUGUUUCUUUUGUUCUUAUUCUUUCUUGUGUUUUUCUUUCUUUUCCUUGGGAGAAUGAACAGAAUAAGAUUUUCAUUGCAUGGUAUAACUGCUGUUUUACCAUGCACAUGACAAUAAAACUCUCUUGAAUCUUGAAUCUUGAAUCUUGAACUUUUAUCUAGCAAAUUUACAACUUUAUUCUCGUAAUAUUUCAGUUUUCUUUUUCUUAAAUUUACGAUAGUCUCAGAAAUGUACGACUUUAUUCUUUUAAUAAUGUGACUUUUUUCUCAUAAAUUUAAGACUUUUUUCUCUUAAAUUUAUGAUAUUCUCCCAAAAGUACGACUUUAUUCUUGCAAUAUUAGGACUGUUUUUCUCAUUAAUUUCCAAUUUUAUUUUUUUUUCUAGUGAAUUUACAACUUUAUUCUCGUAAUAUUGCAACUUUUUUUCUCUUAAAUUUACGAUAUCCUCGGAAAUUUACGACUUUAUUCUUGUAAUAUUGUGACUUAUUUCUCAUGAAUUUACAACUGUUUUUCUUGAAAUUGACAACUUUAUUCUUGUACAUUUACGACUUUAGUCUCAUAACAAUACGGCUUUUUUUCUCUUACAUUUUCGACUUUAUUCUUGUAAUAUUACGACUUUCUCGUAAAUUUGCGACUUUAUUCUCAUAAUAUUGCAAUUUUCCUUCUCUUAAAUUUACGAUAUUUCGCAAAUUGACCACUUCAUUCUUUUAAUAACAUCACUUUUUUCUCAUAAAUAUACGACUUUUUUUGUCGUAAAUUUGCUCAUUUAUUCUCGGAAUAUUAAAACUUUUUGUCUCUUAAAUGUACGACUUAAAUUUUGUAAAUUUACAACUUUUUUUUCCUAAAUUUCCGACAUUAUUCUUGAAAUCUCAGAUGUAUUUUUUCCAGUGUGGCCCUAACACUCGGUCGUAGAGAACAGCUACAAUCUAGCAGCGGUAUUUGGCUUUUUCCAUGUAAUUCAUGUCUGCUGUUUAUUCCCGUUGUAAUUAUUUUCACAAUGAUGUGCAUAAAUAACAGUAAGCUCUUCAUUCUGUCUUUCACUAAUGCAUACAUUUCUCGCUUGUUCCUUGUUGCACCAAAACAUAACAUGAGUUUAUUGCCAUAGAUUAGCAAAAGGAUCUUGUCUUGUCUUGGCGUGCGUGUUUGGAGACCUGCGGUAUAGAAGAUGAUGAUUGAACUUGCUUGACGCAGUGUUGAACUGUGCUACACCAAAUAUGUCAAAUAAUAUAUUCCAUUUCUACCAAUUCCACUUAAACUGCGAGACUCUUGUGUUGGGUGGUGCCUUUGUGAGAUAUUUGAACAUUUGCGGCAGUCAGUCUGGAGUUUAAAAUGUGCUUCAAACACAUGACUUUCAUUUUAGGCAGUGCGGGCGGCCCGGGGCCAUUUUGGGUCUGCAGCUUGUUUCUUAUUGGCCCUCAGCAAUUCUAAAACUAAAAUAAAUGUUUACGAAAGAGAUAUAGUGUGAUAUUUUACCAGAGUUGGGCAAAUCACUUUCAAAAGGUAAUUACAGUCGUCCCCCACAUUCAUUGAUAAGUGAUUGCUGUUUUGUGGUUGACUGCUGCCUAUUGUUCAUAAUUAAUUAUAUAAAUAUUAAUUAUAGAAAUAAUUAAGCACUUUCAAGCAUACAAAUGUUCUAAAUGAACUAAAAUACUAAUAGAAGACGUUGAUGAACUCUGCUACACUGGCCACUAGGUGUCACUAGUAAUACGCACCAGACCCUGUAGACAUGAAAUAACACCCCUACACUCAUAUUAUUCUUUGUUUACAUCCCAUUAACUAACUAGUUAGCCUCUACAAUGUACUUAUUCUAAACUUAAAGGAAAAGUGCACUUUUUGGGGGCAAUUUUGCCCAUCAUCCACAAUCCUUAUGUGAGGCAUGGACACACACGUCUUUCUCUUUUCUGUGCGUUAUAAAGAUAGAAAAACAGCUAAAAAGAGGCAGUUAAGAAUGCACAUAAUGGGACGCACCUGUUUCGGCAAAACCUCCAAAAAGCACCAAGAACGCUCCAUUUUCAUAAGGUGACCUGCAUAUGAACCACAUUAUUAUUUUUGAACUACGUUACUGGCGUAGUGACACCUCGCCACACCACACCGGCUAGCUAGUAGCCGGCUAGCGACUAGCUUCACCACACACCGGCGACGUGCCGUUUUCAGUCACCUUUACCUCUUUCUGAGGACGAUGCAAAUCACUGGUGGUCCUCCUUUGUAAUUAGUGAAUGUCUCGUCUGCUGUGGACGCGUGUCUCCUUAGAGGUUUUGAUGCUGCCUGCUACAUUAUCUACAGUAUUUUUUGCUUUUGCCACUUUGGAGUGAAGCUCCUGCUGUUGUGAGAACCUGCAACCUCGUGUGGCUAAAUUAAAGACCUUUUACCUGCAAUACCCUCCUGUCUCGGCAUCCUGGGGUCACGACCAUGCCUGAACGUGACACGUCUUACAUAAGGAUUGUGGAUGAUGGGCAAAAUUCAUUCAAAAAAGUGCACUUUUCCUUUAAGAAAGUGUUUCAAACGGAGUGGGGUAGAUGGACAGAAGUCAAAAACGUACCACUUCCACACAGAAUGAGAGGAGAACCUUUUUUUUCCACUAGAUGUCUCAGCAAUGGCAUGGGCUCUCCUGGCUCAGUAGCCAGUCUCCAUGCAGUUUGGAAGGUAAUGUAAUCUAACAUGACUGAUGCCGAGUGAGCACAGUACUACACAUGCCUUGCAAACGGUUUCACUUCUUUUGUACACGCAUACAAGUUACAUUGGAAUACACCAAAUGUUACAGUUCACACUUCCACGUGUCCACAAAGGAGUAGGAAGAAGCAAAGAAUCAAUAUUUUUGGACUAAUAAUAGGCCAUAGUCAACCACAAAACAGCCAUCAUUAAUUAACUCAUUCAGUACCAAAGAUGUAUUUAUAUGUUUUUAUUGUGGGGAAGUCUUAACACAUGCACACCAACACAUGUGCGCACGCAUGCGCACACAUAGUUCAGUUCCAAGUGUGAAAAGUGUAAAUAGUUGAUGGUGUUAUAUUUGUAAAUAAAUGGUUGUUUUGAUGUAAA